GUCUGCAAAAUAGGGAGAAUUAGUAGGGCCGUAGCGGUUGUGGAAGGCAGGGCAGUAGAGUAAUUUAAGUUGUAGACUUGUAGCCCAGCCAGUUGAGGAGUCCGCCGGCCAAACGCAACAAAACUUGACGACGACAUUCUUGUCGAUCGGCCGGGCCUAUUCUGCCAAUGCGCUGCUAGUUUAUUUGUAUCUUUUGUUGCAUCGAUUGAAGCAGGGAGACUCGGGGUUCUAUUGCCUGCUUCUUUUGCCCCAUUGGAUAUGAUAGACAUGACAUGGCUCAGUGCCUUCUUACUUGGAGCUGGCUGUCUUGCUUUCGGCUACCUCAUUGGCAUCCGACAUUCUGCUCGUCUAUUUCGUUCCACUGCAGCCUUAACUGACACUGGUACACCUAUCACUUACCGGAAAAACAACAACCAGCUCAAACCAGCCAUCGAGAUUGAAAAGCUAGCUGACAUACUUGAAGAUUUUAAAAUGGUUCUGGUUGUCCGGAAUGACUUAAAGAUGGGGAAGGGGAAAAUUGCAGCUCAAUGCAGUCAUGCAACCUUGGGUCUCUACAAAAAAAUCCUUCAUCGGGCACCAAAAGCUUUGAACAGGUGGGAGAUGUGUGGGCAGGUUAAAGUGGUUGUGAAAAUUGAAAGUGAAGAUGAGAUGCUGGUUUUACAGGAAAGGGCAAAGGCACUCAGUUUACCAACGCACGUUACAGUUGAUGCGGGUAGAACACAGAUUGCACCAAAUUCGAGGACCGUGAUGUCUAUUUUGGGACCUGCUGACAUGGUGGACGAUGUUACUGGUGGAUUAAAACUUUUGUAGCGGAAUGGGAAGUGUUCACUUCUGGUAGACGAGACGUGCGACCUGUUUGAAGGACGAAUCUGAGCUGUAUCAAGCAGGUACAGAAAGAAGGUCUAGCACUCCCGGCGGGGAGCGGGCGGUUUGAUGGCUGCUUUCUGACCUCGUCUCAAGAUGACGAUGACGAAAGAUUUCCCAUUCUGCGGGGAUAGAAUCUGUUCUUCUAGUCUGUGAGUUGCAGGUUUUCUUUUCUUGAUAAGAAAAUGUUGCAAAUAAGAUUGAUAUUGGCAUGGCUGUUCCUUGUCCAAUUGUGCCAAGAUUAAUGAUGAUUGAUAAAAUGUGAAAAAGUAAUCCGUCAAUGAAUUUACAGUUGAAAGGACACUUUGAAUGAA